GUUGAUGCACAAUGGACACACCCCUCGGACGACUGAUUAAUUUUUUAGUCGAACAGACGAAAGAUGCCGUCGAACCGCUCGUGGCCAGUCGAAUCUUCAAUCAAUUUGCGGAACUCGAUGGGGUUGGACUUAGUAGUACUGCUUAUUAUUCAAGGUUUCAUGAACACAUUGCUCCGAAUAUUGGAAAAUGCAAUAAUUUCAAUGUGGUGACACGGAUUCGAAUGAUGUUCGCCUUGUCGGCUACAGUGCCUGAUAGCUUUUUGGCGUUAAUUCGAUUCACUGGAACUGUUCAACUUGACGAGAGAAAACGAAUCAACAAGUAUGUAUCAAAUGACGGAAGGCUGAAUCUGGAAGGAUAUCACAGGUGCAUGGCAAGAUCAAAAAACCAGUGGGGCAAAGAUCCUGCCGAAGUCACGAGGCUCAUGAAUUUUCUCGUUGAAAAGGCAAAGGAUUCUAUUGAGCCACUGGUAGCAACCGCAGUGUUCACAGAUUUUGGAAAAAGUGAAGAAAGCGGAUUAAAGGCUCAUACCUAUGCUCAAAAAUUUUACAAGCAGCUGGCACCGGAAAUGGACCAACUUGUCAACUACAGUAUUCAAGAUCGUGUUCGAGUGAUGUUCGGUUUAGCUGGAGAAGUUACGGAUAACUUUCUGACACUAUGUCGAAUGGAAGGAGUCGUUGAGCUUGAUGAGAAAAAUCGAAUUUGCGAAUACAGCUCGCAUGAUGGAACGUUGGCGUUGAAAGGAGAUCACAGUCAUAUGGCGAGAAUGAGAAGAAGCUCUGAAUAUCAACGAAAGAUUCGAAGAAUAUCAAUCUGGAAAUUCUCUGGCGAAAAAAAUUGCAGAUCUCCAAAAAGAGCACGAAUUUCUCAAUAUGAUAAUGAUGAUAUGGAGUAUAUUGGAGCGGUGGAAGGACAGCCCAAGGCUGAACCGAUUGAUGCACCAUAUAAUUAUAAUACCGAUCAUUUGAACGAAGAUCCUUCGAUUUCCAAGAAUGAAAGAGUUAUUCCAGUUGAAUCGAAGAUCAUAAGCUUGCACGACUUUCUGAAACAGCUGACCCAAUUCAUUUGCAUUCUCGAGAGUUUGGAGCUCGAAGAGCUCAAGCAACAAAUCAAAGAAUCGAUUAGCACUGAUGAUGAUGAGAGCCUGCAAAUCAUCGAUAUUUGUGCAGUACUCGAGACAUUCUGCUUCGGGAUCAGUCGAAAAACCAGAGUAGCCGCUUCAAAUAUCCCAGCUAUGAAGGUCAAGGAUUUCCUGCUUGCGUUCAAAUUCUUCCUUCUCUGGAUGGAUUCUUCGGAGCUUCGAGAGCUUCAGCAGAAGGUUCAAGGCGAAAUUGAAGAGCCGGAAUUUGCAGAGAAGGUUCUUCCGAUCAGCGACAUCCGACAAUCUCUCCAAAACCUGCUCUCCACAAUUUCUCAAUAUUAAAUGAUUAAAAUUUUGUUUUGUUUUUAUUGAAUUUUUUGAAAAUUGGUUUUUCACGUUGUUUCAUUUAUUUUUGUUACAAUAAUAGAUUGCAUUAUUUU